GUUGCCUUCGAAGCAUAGCGUACUAAGAAUCUAUGAAUCGUUGGAACUUGGAAUCGUCACGACUCGAAAACACCCAAUCGUUCUUACGAUUCUUUUGAAUGACGAAUCGUCCGAAUGACGAUUCGAUUCUUACGAUUCUUUAUUUGGAGUCGUUCAAAUGAACGACUCAUUCACGAAUCGCCACAACUGUACUGUGUAGUCCGCGGCAACCUCGUGGUGUUGUGGGAAUUUGUGUGACAUUCUCCAGACUGUAGAACUGAAGCCAUGGACCAGGAGCCAACUCUGUGGAUAAAAAAAGAGGGAACAGAUGAAGUACAAACUGAGUUAUGCUUCAUGGCCCAAGUUUACCCAUGCAGCAUGAAUGUAAAAGAAGAGUUGGAGGAGGGUGCGAAUAAAGAGUUUCUUGAAGACCCAUUAAGGGCUGACGACCCUAGUGUUUGGGUAAAGCAACAUCCCAAACUGAAACAACAUGCUGCUGGAUCUGAGCAUAAUUCUGUUGAAGAUCCAUUGGGAGUAUUUUGGUCCACUGAUUUCAUCAAGGAGGAUCCUGAAUUAAAUUUGGAAAUGAAUAUAACUGAGGAUACUGUGGGAACCUCAACAAGAUACGCAUCUGAUAGUGCAAGAUUUACUCAGACUACUGGUGGGAGCUGCAGCAAAUCAUGUGAGGAAACUUGUCACCAUAGACUUGUCCAGGAAGAGUUGGUGAUAGACAUGGAGAAGUCAACACAUGGGUUCAGUACCAAUACAGAAGAUGUGACUAUUAAUAAGGAAUGCUCAGUUGCCACCCGAUGUGACUGCAGUACGAGGGAAAAGGAAUUACAUGUAUAUAGCUGUAAUUUCUGCCAACAGAGCUUUCCUUCAAAAUACAGACUCAUAAUGCAUGUGUUUAUGCACAAUGAUGGAACGCAACCACAUUUGUAUGUUUGUAAGUGGUGUGGUGAGGUGUUUGACAGUAAUGUUGGCUUGAAAAAUCAUAUGAAAAUGAGUGAUAAUUGUCAAUUUUUAACUGCUGACAGUCAUGAAAGAUAUGGCCAUAGUGAUGAGCAUCAAAGCAGUACCUUGUUGGAUAGCGAGCAGAAGUUUCUGUCACAGAGCACAGUGGCAGUCGUCAUGUAAGG